AUGGCGAACUCAACAACAUCCCCGCAAAUCCCACAACACGUCUCAGCUCUUCUCUCCCACCUCACUUCCCGCCCAGGGGUCCAAUCGACCCUCAUCCUCUCCCGCAGAGAUGGCUCCAUUAUCCAAACAACCGGCCUCUUAGCCCCUCCUAAACCUACAAGAAGCGAAACCUCCUCCCCAACUCCAGUUGGCGCCUCUACAGAAGACGCAUCUACUACCACCGCCGUCGCCGCCGCCGCUCCCUCGUCUCCACAAGCAGAACCCCAACAACCCUCCAUCACCUCUCCCACAUCAACAUCAACACAAACGAAGCCCUACCAACCCUCCGCCGCAGAAGCUCUGGCAGCACAUAUAUUUGCAUUCGUGUCUAGCGCGUCGAAUCUCAGUUUCUCGCUCACUCACCCGCAAGGCGAUACCGCGGCAUCAUCCAACGGCGUCCAUGAGACGGUAUUAGGCAAUGGUUCUGGAUCUGCAGGCGGGUCUGCGCGGGAGGAUGGUGAGGGCGAGGGCUCUGAGGGACAGGAUGAUGAUGAGGUGAAGCUACUCCGGUUGCGCACGAAGAAGCAUGAGAUUGUGGUUGUACCUGACCGGAAAUAUCUACUUUGUGUUGUGCAGGAUGCGACUCCGAACGCAGCGGGUGGUGCCGCGACGGGGACGGGAAUCGGAGGGCGUUCCUCGAGGUAA